AUGACUGAAAAUCACGGCGAUACAGCGCCUCUCCUGGGAGAGCAACAACAGCCAGAGUAUGGUGCGGUCGAGGAAGCACCCCCGGUCGCUGAACCACGGACCUCGUUCAAGCGGAAUCUUGGAACCGCCGAGGCUUUCAGCAUUAUCAUCAGCAUUGUCAUCGGAAGCGGCAUUUUCACCUCUCCCGGCUCGAUUGAUACGAAUGUGCCAUCGCCUGGGUUUGCAUUGAUUGUCUGGCUGGUGGGGGGAAUCCUGGCAUGGACAGGAGCAGCCACGAUGGCCGAGCUCGGCACCGCCAUUCCAGGCGAAGGAGGCGUACAGCCGUACCUUCAGUAUAUAUUUGGCGAUGUUUUUGGAUUCCUGGCGGCGUGGACCUGGGUUGUCGCUGUCAUCCCCGCCUCGCUGGCGAUCAUGAGCAUCGUCUUCGUGGAGAGCGUCUUCUCCGCCAUCGGAGAAAACAACAGAACCCAGGGAGCUUUACACAAGUUCCUAUCAAUAUUAGUCCUCACCAUCUUUAGUAUGGCCAACGGGAUUAGUACCAAGACAACCAACCGGUUGAACUGGUUCUUCGUCACUUCCAAGUUCACCGCAAUCGUCGCGACCGUCGUGGCUGGACUUGCCGUCGUUUUCUACCACCUUGCGACCCCACGUACAGAUGAGCUACCGCAAGACUGGUGGACCAAAUCCUGGUUCGGCUACCGGACGAGCAUUGGACCGGACGGGUCGAAGAUCGAUUGGAGCAAGCUGCCUGGCUGGGAGAUGCUAGGCCAUUACUCGGCUGCUCUGUAUGGUGCUCUCUGGGCAUACUCGGGAUGGGAUAAGGCCAUCUACAUCACAGCUGAACUGUCUGCGCCCGCGCGUCAGCUCCCUCUGGCUAUCAACACAGCCAUCCCAAUCAUUGUCUCUGGGUUUAUCGCGGUGAACACCGCCUAUUACGUCUUACUCCCGUGGGAAGUCGUUUCCACGACUGAUAGCGUGGCCGUUACUGCGUUCAACCAUCUCCUGGGCCCUGUUGUUGGCCUGGUGGCUGCUGCCUUGAUCUGCCUCGUUGUUGCCGGCUCGUUACUCGGGACUGCCUUCGUGGGGAGCCGUAUGAUCGUUGCCGCAUCGAACAAGAACUGGCUGCCUCGGUUCCUAGGCCAAGUGGGAUAUGUCGGGCUCCGAUCUGAACCCCGAUCAGAUACCGAGUCUGAUGAUGUUUCCACGACCGAGUCCGAUGCUCCACUCAACGCACUCAUUUUCUCCACCCUGUGCUCGUCGCUAUACAUUAUCUUCGGCAACUUCCGGGCUUUGGUGACCUUCAAUGGCCUGGGAGAGUAUACCUUCUUUUUCCUGACGAUGAUCGGAGCGAUCGUCUUGAGGAUCCGCGAACCAAAGCUACAUCGCCCGUAUAAGCCGAUCAUUCUCAUCCCGGGGGUUUUUACUAUUGUUAGUGGGUUUAUUGUUGCUCGAGGAGCAGUUUUUGCACCAUUCCAGGCGGCCGUGCUCAUAGCGGUUUGGGGGUUAGGACUGGUGUUUUACUGGGCGAGGAGAUGGUGGUUGCGACAGAACAGCAACUAA